CCGGAAGUGGAGCCGCCGCCGGAGCCACCAUGGCCGAGACCGACCCCAAGAGCGUCCAGGACCUGACGGCCGUGGUGCAGACAUUGCUCCAGCAAAUGCAGGACAAGUUUCAAACCAUGUCUGACCAAAUCAUUGGAAGAAUCGAUGACAUGAGCUGCCGCAUCGAUGACCUGGAGCGCAACAUCGCCGACCUGAUGAUGCAGGCGGGCGUGGAGGAGCUCGAGGGGGAGAACAAGACCCCGGCUUCCAACAAGGGCUAAAGUAAAUCCUGGCUUUGGAACAGACCAAAAUUAUUGCUGGGCCUUUGGAAUGGCUGGCUGUGACACACAGAGGGAGUUGCUCCUUGGUUUGAGGCUGCUCUGAGAGAGGGAGAGGGAGAGAGCAUGGCCAGGGUAGGGAAUGGAGCACCAGGAGCUGCUGAGGGGGCUCAGCCUGGAGCAAAGGGGGCUCAGGGGGUCUCUCCUGGCUCUACACAACUCCCUGACAGGAGGGGACAGGCUCUGCUCCCAGAGAAUGGCCCCAGGCUGGGCCAGGGCAGGCUCAGGGUGGACACCAGCAGGGAUUUCCCUAUGGAAAAGGCACUCAGGUUCUGGAGCAGCUGCCCAGGUGGAGCCCCAGGGGCUGCUGAGGAGUCCCUCAGCUGUAAAUUCCUCCUCAGCAGUGCCUCCCUGCCAAGCUGCAGGUGCUGCCUGUGUGGGAGGGCACUCAGGCAUUGUGCAAUCCAUGUCCCUGGAGGAAGGCAAUUCACCUUUCAGUAAAGCUCUGUUAUAUUAUAUAUUCUAUUAUAUUAUUCUUAUUCUUUCUGAUUGCCCACUUGCCCCUAUGUUACAGUGGGCCUGUGUUUGGAACAGAUAUGUUCUUGCUUGUUAAGGUGUCUAUUUUUGUAUUACCUUGUUAAAAACACAAAUUAUUACUGGCUUUGUUGCCCUCAGUGUCAUUUCCAAUAGCCUGAACCUCACAAAUGAAAAUCUCUGAUGAGCAUCAUUCUGUUAAUUCCCAGUAAUCUCCUUUCUUGCUAUUUUUUCCCCAACAGGUUACCAACAACUCAAGUCAUGGAAGAUUACUUCUUCUUUUUUUUUCUACAAAUCCUUGGAAUUAAAAAAUGGCUCUUUGCAACUCCAGUGUGUGAAAGCAUUUUUAUAUUGUUACAGAGCUUGCAUUCCUAAUGUACAUUGUAUAGUUGGGGUAGGGUAGUUUCUAUUUUGAUUUUGUGUACUGUAAUUUCACUUUUUGAAUUCUUGUAACGAGGAUCACUUGGUUGUGUUAUUAAAACACAGAUCUUAUGGAUCUCAACUCCUGGGUGUAUUUUUUUGUGGAGUCACUUUUUUCUCUUUCCUGUACUUUUCUAGAUGUUUCAUGUUUGAUAGCUCAGCAUUUAGUGACUCCCUCCAAAUGGGAACCUUGCCUUGUGAGUUUGUGGAGUGAAGCACAAGAUUGAAACUUAAUUAAUUGCAUUCAUUGUAGCUCUGAGCAUCAGGCACUCUCUAGUUGAGGAUUGUGUUGUCUUUCAUCCAUGUGAUAAAGGUGAUUUUUGGAAACAAGAGGCACUGAACAUCAAAACCAUCUCUCCUGCUGCUGGUGUUCCUGGAGCGUCAAGGAGAUGCAGGUUGACCAUGAGAGACAUCUGAGCAGCUACUGCCACCCCAGCUGUGACACCAGGAACUGCUCACAGAGCAAUCUCACCGUGGGACUGAAGGUUUUUAACAUGUCUCUUUGAUCCAUAACUGGAUUAAAGGGGUGGGAUUGAUGGACAGGGGUUGUGGCAAUGUCUGUGUGGGGUUUUCAGUGGGAAUCACUGCCUUGCUCACAGCAAAGCAGUGAUACAUGAACAAAAAAUGAGAGAAUCCAGGUAGAUUUUUAAAGCCUUCUCUCAGAAUAACUUCAAAAUAUUUGAUUUUUUUUUUUGUUUGCUUUUCUAAUCACACCCACAUCUUUGGGCAUGGAGUGUGUAUUUAUUACAUUUUGGCCAUGGAAAGUGUGUUUGGGAGAGUCUGGACUUGUCACUUGUGUAGAAAAAUGACCAAUGUCAGCCAUUCCUGACAAUCACUGCAAUGCUCCUCCAGCUUCAAAUGCAAAUUUCAGCAAGCACUAGUGGCAGGCAGCAGUUGCAGGUGCACCACACUUCAGCUGCUCCUUAAAUGCCACCAAAUUAGCACUUGAGUGCUGCGAAGGCAAUAUGACAGGUCAUUUUUCCAAACUCACUAUAAUAAAAGCUCAUAAUAACGGGGGAAUUUUGUGAACAUGAGAAAUGUAUCAAUAUAUAUACUUGUAAUACCAGCCUUAGGUCCUUUGUAAUGUCAUUUCAAAAAAAAAAAUCUAAUAAAUGGUUAUGUGGUAACAAA